AUGGGUAAAACUCAGUCUAAACUUACGCAAGAGCAGCUUGCAGAGCUUCAAAAGGCGACAUUAUUCGAACGAAAGGAGCUUCAGCAGUGGUACAAAGGAUUUCUCAAAGACUACUAUGUUUUCAAUGUCUUCGACGCCGAUCGUUCCGGCACAAUAGAUUUCAAAGAAUUUAUUGUCGCUUUAAGUGUUACUUCACGCGGUUCACUGGAAGAUAAGCUCAAUUGGGCAUUUCAGCUUUAUGACAUCGAUGGCGAUGGUGAAAUCAGUUACGAUGAAAUGCUACAAAUUGUUGAGGCCAUUUACAAAAUGGUUGGCUCCAUGGUGAAACUUCCGGAGGAUGAGGAUACACCUCAAAAGAGGGUUGCCAAGAUAUUCAAGAUGAUGGACAAAGACGAGAACGGGAGCCUAACCUUAGAUGAAUUUCGUGAGGGAAGCCAAAAGGACGCCACAAUUGUCUCAGCACUAUCUCUCUACGAUGGAUUGGUUUAA